AUGGCUACCGAGUUGACCGUCCAGUCGGAACGUGCGUUCCAGAAGCAGCCUCACAUCUUCCUCAACUCCAAGACCAAGGCGAAGAGCAAGAAGGUCGGCCAGACCCGGAGAUGGUACAAGGAUGUCGGUCUGGGAUUCCGUACUCCCAAGACUGCCAUUGAGGGCAGCUACAUCGACAAGAAGUGCCCCUUCACCGGUAUGGUCUCCAUCCGUGGUCGUAUCCUGACCGGCCGUGUCGUCUCUACCAAGAUGCACCGUACCAUCAUCAUCCGCCGUGAAUACCUCCACUACGUCCCCAAGUACAACCGUUACGAGAAGAGACACAAGAACCUUGCCGCUCACGUCUCUCCCGCUUUCCGUGUUGAGGAGGGUGACUGGGUCACCGUCGGCCAGUGCCGUCCUCUGAGCAAGACUGUCCGCUUCAACGUCUUGCGUGUCCUGCCCCGUACCGGCAAGGCCGUCAAGUCGUUCAACAAGUUCUAA